AUGCGCCUCUCCUCGCACUUCUUUCCCAAGUUUGACAAUCAGUCCGAGGGCGUCCGUCUCUCGUCCGCGCCGGCUGCGGCGGGCGCGCGCUGCCUCGCCGUCUCGAAGAAGCACUCGGGCCACCUAGUGAUGGCACCGCCCUUCUACAGCAAGAACGGGACCGCCAACAAGUACUCGCGGCUCGGCGAGCGGCUGCUGCGCGAGCACUUCUCGGCGGUGUGGCCGGGCGACGCCGGCGCCUUUGGCCGCUGGUGGGAGCAUGCCGCGCGCUUCUCGCUCUGCUACUCGUUCGAGUGCGUGGCGCCUCGGGUGUGCGGCGACCACGGUGCGACGCCGCACGCCGCGUACAUGGUGCUCACGUGCGUCGCGCACGCGGGCGGCGAAGGCUUCCUCUCACCCGCCCAGCUGCUCGAGCUGGGCGCCGCGUGGCGUCUCCCGCUCAACGAGGUUUGGUACGUGCCGUGGGAGCGGGCGGCGGCGGUGGAGGACCGGCUGCACGCGGCGCGAUGGAGUAUGGCCGACGAGGACGCGGACGCGGCGCUCGAGGGCUGCGGCGCGGUCCAGCGCUUCCUCUCGCACGGCGAGACGCAGGGGCAGGUCCUCGAGGGGUUCGUGCUACUCGCUCUGGACCAGGCGCUCGAGGCGCUCGCGCCGCAUCUCGCGGCGUACGAGGACGCCGUCGCGCCGCACCGAGCUGCGGCCCUCGCGCGCGCGCUCGACCUCGGCGCCGCGUGCCUGCGGGGCGACGCAACCCUGCUGCAGGCGCUCGAGGUUGCCGGGCCGCGCGAGCCAGCACGCUCCGAGAUGGGGCGCGACGAGGCGUGGGGCGCCGCUUGUGCGGGGGAGGGGCCGCUGCCGACCCUCUUCAGGGCGCUGCGCGGCGCGCACACAGACAUGGGGGAGAUAUGGGGAAGAUAUGGGGAGAUAUGGGGGAGAUGCGUGCUGCGGCUCGUACGCCCUAGAAGCGGAGGACGCAUUCUUGUCUUCCAACUAGCGCU